AUGGGGGAACUAGACAAGCCUACUACUGGUUCUAUCGACGAGAACUCGCCUCUCAUGGUUGCCACUCGCCCUGCAGACAGGCGUGGCGUGCACCCUCAUGCGGGUGCCGAUGAGUCGUCGAAGAGUGCACUGUACAUGUUUCUUUUGACUGUAUCGAUUGGCGGGCUUCAGAUUGUUUGGUCUGUCGAACUUGGCAAUGGUUCGCCAUACCUUCUAUCCCUCGGGAUGAGCAAGUCACUUCUUGCUGUUGUUUGGAUAGCCAGUCCCUUGACGGGUGCGCUGGUGCAACCAUACAUCGGCAUUCGAAGUGACAACUGCCGACUCGCGUGGGGUAAGAGGAAACCAUUCAUGGUCGUUGGAGGUGCAACAACUAUCGUUUCAUUACUAGCUCUGGCAUGGGUGAAAGAGAUUGUGGGAGGUGUUGUGUCUAUAUUCGGCGUGGAACCAACAUCUGCAGGAGCCAAGAUUACUAUCAUUAUCAUGGCAACAAUUUUCAUGUAUUGCCUUGAUUUUGCCAUCAACACCGUACAAGCUGCAAUCAGAGCAUUCAUCGUCGACAACUGUCCCACCCAUCAGCAGGAGCUGUCUAACGCCUGGGCUAGCCGUAUGGUCGGCGUUGGCAACAUUUUGGGGUAUAUCUUUGGCUAUAUGGACCUGCCGAAGAUUGUCCCUUGGCUGGGAAAUACCCAGUUCAAGGUUUUGUGUGUACUUGCCUCAGUAUUUCUGAGCGUAACCCUUGCCAUUAGUUGUUUCUACAUCACAGAACGGGAUCCCCGAGAAGACGGGCCUGUGACCGAUAAGCUUGGCGUGAUUUCGUUUUUCAAACAGGUCAUCAAGUCGAUUCGGAGCUUACCAACGCAGAUAUCUCGCGUCUGUCAAGUACAGAUUGCAGCGUGGGUGGGCUGGUUCCCAUUCCUGUACUACGCCACGACUUACGUCGGCCAGCUAUACGCCAAUCCCAUUUUUGCGGAUAAUUCCAAUCUCUCUGAGAGUGAGCUUGACAAGAUCUGGGAAGAUGCUACUCGCGUCGGGACAUUAGCUCUCCUCGUUUAUGCUAUCAUCUCUUUCCUUUCCAAUAUGCUGCUUCCUCUUUUUGUGGUCCCCCUAUAUCGACCGGCCCCAGAGAAUGUUUCGCGUCAGAAUUCUCAUUCUUUUGACGGCGAUUCAGAUGACGAUUCGGAUCCUGCUGCCAGGAGACUAUCAUUUUCAAGUAUGCCGACAGGCACUGCAUCCGAGCCUCUGCUCGAUGCAGUUCCAAUCGGACUGGAGAACGACGAGGGGAAACCGACUUGGCUUUCACGUCUGCAAAUCCCAGGCUUGACCCUCCCACGAGUAUGGCUCCUCUCCCACCUUCUUUUUGCACUGUGUAUGUUCAGCACUUUCUUUAUUUACUCCCACCAAGCCGGGUCGGCGUUUGUGGGUUUUGUCGGUAUCUCCUGGGCUGUGGCGUUGUGGGCCCCCUUCGCUCUUAUCUCGGCUGAGGUAGCUAGGACCGAUCCCUCUAGACGGAACCAUCACCACACAUCUCAGACCACAUAUGAUGCACAUGCAGCUGAGGGCCAUGGCGGGGGCGGUGAACAUGACAAUGUCAGAGCUAGUGAUGUUGAGCAUGGACACCCGAGGGAUUAUCAGGGUGGGGAUGUUGCACAGGCGGGUAUUAUUCUUGGAUUGCAUAAUAUGGCUGUUUCUCUGCCCCAGAUUCUGUCUAGUCUCGUUUGCAGUGCUAUCUUUAAGGCAUCUCAGAAGCCGAGGGGGCAGCCGUGGGAUGAUAGUGUGGGCUGGGUGCUACGGUUUGGUGGAUGUGCUGCAUUGGUGGCUGCGUUCUUGACCAGAAGGGUUUCGGAUGGAUCAAAAUAG